AGUAGCUAGCACUUCCUCAAUGAGAUUGGUCUGAAAUUUACAAGGUUUCAUUGAUGAAUCUCUCAAUAUUUUUUAGGACGAAUUCUUAGAAUAGGAUUUCAGAUACUUACAGUAAAAUGAGGUUUUUAAAUGCAAAAAACGAAUGUGGAGUGUCAAAUUCACUCUGUCAUAGUCGAUCAAAUAAAUUAUGUGCUGAUUAGACCAUUUGAUUCCUGUCAAACUUUUAUUAGAAGUGUCAUUACUAAGUGUUAAGGGAUGCAUGCAUUAUUCUCGGCAGAACUAAUUGCCCCUGCCGAGUAAUGCAUUCCGUAUUAUUUCAGCUUAGGUCAUUAUUAGCUAAAUGUGUGAAAUUCACACUGUCGAGCCAAAACAGCCCAAAAUAUUUGCUGGUGACACCAUUUGAUUAAUAAAGUUACAGCGCAGGUGCAGGUUAUUACAUGACGAGAAAUACAUCCUCUUUUUUCUCAAACCAGGCGAGUGUUACAAGUAGGCUCUGACAUUCACGAUGUCGAGCCAGAACGACCUAUUAUAUGAACUGAUAACAAUGUUUGAUCCUAAAGUAUCUGAAAAGAAACUUAAGAGGAGGAAUAUCUGGAAUCCAAUGCUUAAAAACACAUCCACAGUAUUGACAGAUUAAUCAAGGAAACCUUGUAGCCUAAAUUUCGGACCAAUCAUCAUGGAAAUGCCACUACUACUGAGUCUAAUAAAACACUGAUGACUCUAAACGUUCAGAAACUAUUUGUCAUCAUUGAUGAACCUGUCACAGAAGAUUACAUCGUUUUUAAACAGUACCUUGCCUUAAAAAUCAUUAUGGUAGUUUUCCCUGUAACUGUGCGCGCUCCCGUGAGGCGCAUCCAAUUUUCUGCGGACCUCUGACCUCUGCGCAAGUUCCGCUUUGACCUACAAUAACAAGACGCUGCGUCACCUCUAAUUGCUCAUUUCGAGCAGUGGUGGCCGUGACGCGCGACACAGGCGGUCGAGUUAAAUGACGAGCCCACAGGUUGCUACUGGGUGCAUUACUGUGAAUUCAGACUUUGAUUUCAGCACCAGUGAAACUAAUGAGAAAAGGCUUUGAUAUGUGAAGGCUUUCAUCGUGUAUGCUUUCUGGGAAAUGGGCAAGGAGGAAAUCCGAAAGCAUCAUUCUGGACUACAAAUCCCAGAGGCGCUGUGUGCGUGUGUGCGUGGUGCGAGCUAAUCUGCAGAAUAUUAGGAUGAUCUGAUAAAUGGAUUAAUGUCCCUCUGCUGUUCUACUGACCCACUCUGACUGUUGCGGGGAUAAACAAGGGGCUGCACUGUCUAUCCGGUGCAUUUAGUGAAUCAGCAUCUAUCUACCUACCUACCUACCUACCUACCUAUCUAUCUAUCUAUCUAUCUAUCUGUCUAUCUGUCUAUCUGCCUGUAUGCUUUGGCUGCAUGCCACUUUACCUGUUUGCUGAAAUGUGCCAAUAGAUAAAUAAAUUCACAGUCCCAAACAAGUCCCGCUCAUAUUAUCUAUGCCUUUUCGGCUCUCUUAUGACACUUUUGUCCCCGACCUUCUCCAUUCUUAUGUUACUGUGUGCACCCUUCCAUGUAAAUCCUUUUACUUUAAGCCCAUGUAAUUCUCUGACCACUCCACGCUUAGAGUGGUGCGGCAAUUGCAGGAUAUUGUCUGGGUGAGUUUGCUGCUCACAGCUAGGGCUUAGAGUAUAAUGCAAAGGCCCUUUGAGUUGUCUGGUCUGGAUACUUGAAGAAAUGGGGCAAUUGCUGCAACUCCACCUCAGCCUUUUCUUAAGCCGCCUGAUUGCAUAAAGUGCUCUGUUUCUCAACCCCACCUCAGUCUCACUGGCUACAGCCUGUGAUGGCCAUGCAACCUUCAAUCAGUUUAACCUUUCUGAGACAGUGAGGGCGAUGCCCUCUUUAAAACUAUUUUCUCUCUAUAAACACAGGGGAAAACAGACUUUGAGAGAGAUCCCAGAACAGAAUGUGCCUUCCACACGACAGGGCAGUCAGUCCAAGGGUGUCCAAAGUGGUCUUUGCGAAGUAAUCUCACCCAAGUCUUUACCCUUUACUGUAUAUCCCCUCAGAUCUUUAUUACUUUUGGGCUUUUCUGCCUCUCAGAGCAGUGAGAGCACCUGCUUUUGCUGCCUCGGCUGUUGAACCACUUCCACGAAGAAACAUGGUAUCUGUUCCUAUUUGCUCUUCGUUGUGAUGUUUCUAGGUGUCUGUAAAUAGAGAUUUUGUUGGAAUAUUGUGUGUGUGUGUGUGUGUGUUUGUAUGGGCACAGGCGCUUGCAUGUGUGUGCCUGCGUGUGUGCACACAUCUGUAAGAUUCAUUAUUCCACAAGUGGAGUCCACAGAUGGAAAAUGUGAUUCAGGAUGAUGAUGCCUCUUUGACUCAGCAGGGAGAAGCCCGAACAGAAAGAGAGAGGGAGGAAAGUGAUGGAGAAAAAAGAAAGAGGGAAAGAGAGAGAAAGGAAAGAGAUGAUGAUCCCAAUGGAAGUACAUGUUUUUGUAUUCCGUCCGCCUGCUCAUCUUUAGCUCAUGAUCUGAGCUUCUGCAGACAUUUAAAAAAAAAUCAGUCCUAAGAAACAAACACACACAUCAAGUCUUUCAUUUUCACCAGGGAUUCAUGGUGAUGCCAGUUCUCUCACUCCUAAAAUAUUGGAAAACUCAGGCAGCCAAUGGGUGUGUGUGUGUGUGUGUGUGUAUGUGUGUGAGUCGGUGCAUGUUUUCGUGUGUGUCUCAGUUUGGAGAGUGAAGAGUGUAAAUGAUGUGUCUGGGAAACCUGCAUCCAAACGUCAACACACACACACACACAGACACGCACACACAAGUUCCUUCCAUCCAGCUGGGUUUCUCGCUGGGAGAUAUGCAGCCCAGUUCAUCGCCAGACAGACGGGUAAUAUAUGGCCCCCGCUCCUGCCUCACUCACACACACACACACACGCACGCACACACACACACACACACACACACACCCACACACACACACACACUCACACUCAAACAAAUACAUAACCACAUUAGAACUUUCUACAGAACUAACAGAGCUGUCCACAUGUUCUUCACUCAGAUUUCUCUCUCACCGACUUCUUCCCUAUUUUAUUCGGAUGCUUUAAAGACAAAUUACUGAGGAAGUUGUGCUGGUGAUCCUCACACCGGAUGCCAGGAUGGGGAAGGAAACAAGGAGACGAGGAAAUACUGUAAGGAAGAGGGAAAGGACACAGACAUUCCAUCACAGCCCCUGUGGAGCUGCAGCGGGGACAAGCUUACCAGCCAUGAUUUCUAAUCGUGGAGAGAGGCAGAGCAGCGAGGAGUACGCAGGAAUGAGUCCGCUGAGAGGUUUCCCCUGGCUUAUGAUACUCCUCUAUGCAGCAGCUGUGUGCACAGGUGUGGGUGGUGCAGAGGUCGACAACAAGUCACCAGCAGUAUGUCGUCAUCCAUGUGAGGAACUGGUGGAGUUGCUCACUGAGAUCCACGGCUUGCGUAUUGUUACCAGCAGCCUGCUUGAAGAUCUGGAGAGAGUAGAUGGGAAAGUGGUGUGUCAGCAGGUAUCGUGCCCUCCUGUAUCCUGCAUCAAUCCGACCUUUAUUGAUGAGGAGUGCUGCCCUGUCUGUCUCAAUAACGGAGAUGGUUGGUCCCAGUGGUCUGAGUGGACAGACUGUUCGGUCACCUGUGGGCGUGGAGGUCAGCAAAGGGGCCGAUCCUGCAAUAGCAUCAUGCCACCCUGCUCUGGCCCGUCAGUUCAAACCCGCAGCUGCAUGUCAAUGAAGUGUGAACGCAAGGCACGUGCUAACGGGAACUGGGGCCAUUGGUCUCCUUGGUCUGCGUGUACAACCACAUGUGGAGAGGGUAACAUCACACGCGUCCGUCUGUGCAACAAUCCUCCGCCACAGAAGGGGGGCAGAGCGUGCACAGGCGGCGCCAAGGAGAAAAAAUCUUGCAACAAUACACUCUGCCCCAUUGCUGGAGGCUGGACAACGUGGUCCGAAUGGUCACAGUGCUCACAGUCAUGUGGGGGAGGCCUUUUAAGUCGCCAGCGGGAGUGCUCGAACCCUGCCCCUCAGCAUGGCGGGAAGCCGUGUGCUGGAGAUGCUAUGGACUAUGAAGCAUGUAACAAACAAGAAUGUCCCUUAGACAUGUGUUUGAUGUCAAACCCAUGCUUCCCUGGGGUGGAAUGCACAUCAUAUAGCGAUGGAUCAUGGGAAUGUGGAAGCUGUCCAUUGGGUUUAUAUGGCAAUGGCACUCACUGUGAGGAUGAGAAUGAGUGUGAAGUGGAGGGUGUGUGUGUUACAGAGUGUGUGAACACAGACCCUGGGUUCUACUGUCUGCCCUGUCCUCCUCGCUAUAAAGGCACCCAGCCGUUUGGCCUUGGACUGGAGGAAGCCCAAAAAAUCAAGCAGGUGUGUGAGCCACACAAUCCUUGCAAAGACAAAACACACACCUGCCACAAGUAUGCUGAGUGUAUUUACCUGGGCCUGCAAUCUGAAGUCUUGUACAAGUGUUUAUGUGCUGUCGGGUUUGUGGGCGAUGGCUUCGUGUGUGGUGAAGACGCUGAUCUGGAUGGCUGGCCCAACUACAAACUGACCUGCAAAAAGAAUGCAACCUAUCACUGUCAAAAGGAUAAUUGCCCCAUGCUGCCAAACUCUGGACAGGAAGACCUGGACAAGGACGGACAGGGAGAUGCCUGUGAUCCUGAUGACGACAAUGAUGACAUCCUAGAUGAGAGGGACAACUGCCCACUGGUGUACAACCCUAGGCAGUUUGACUCUGACAGGGACGGGGUCGGGGACCGCUGUGACAACUGUCCGUUUGAUAGCAACCCACUGCAGACGGACACUGAUGACAACGGAGAGGGAGACGCCUGCAGCAUUGACAUUGAUGGAGAUGAGGUUCUGAAUGACCGUGACAACUGUCCCUUAAUCUACAACACUGACCAGAGAGACACAGACAUGGAUGGCGUUGGAGACCAGUGUGACAACUGCCCCCUUCUAAACAACCCAAUGCAGCUCGACUCUGACAGUGACCUGGUGGGAGACAUGUGCGACGACAAUGACGACAUCGACGAGGACGGCCACCAAAACUCUCUAGACAACUGUCCCUACAUCCCCAAUAGCAACCAGGCUGACCAUGACAAUGAUGGGAAGGGAGACGAGUGUGACCAUGACGACGACAACGAUGGUAUCCCUGACGACAGGGACAACUGCAGACUGGUUCCCAACAGGGACCAGCUGGACUCAAAUGGUGAUGGCAGUGGAGACUCAUGCUUUGAAGACUUUGACAAUGACAGUAUUCCAGAUGCGUUGGAUCCCUGUCCACUGAACCAGGACAUCGGGUCUACAGACUUCAGGAAGUUUCAGGUAGUUUUGUUGGACCCUAAAGGCACCACACAGUCUGACCCUCUCUGGGUGAUCCGCAGCCAGGGCACUGAGCUACUGCAGACGGCCAACUCGGAUCCUGGCAUCGCUUUAGGAUAUGACAAGUUCAGUGCAGUAGACUUCAGUGUGACGUUUUAUGUGAACACCGACCGAGAUGACGACUACGCAGGCAUUGUGUUCGCCUACCAGUCCAGUCGACGCUUCUAUGUUGUCAUGUGGAAACAGGUAUCACAGGGCUACUGGGAAAAGAGGCCGUCCAAAGCAUUUGCCACAGCUGGAGUCUCCAUUAAAUUGGUCAAUUCCACCACAGGACCAGGGGAGUAUUUACGCAACGCUCUGUGGCACACCGGAAACACCAGACACCAGGUCAGAACACUGUGGCAUGACCCCAAUAAAAUUGGCUGGAAGGACUUCACAGCUUACCGCAUCCACCUCAUCCACAGACCCAAAACUGGGUUCAUCAGACUGAGAGAACAUCACUGCCUUAGUAAGGUUUUCAUGCUGAGAAAAGGGUGGUGGUGUAUGAGGGCAGGGAACUUUUGUCCGACUCGGGGGCUGUGUACGACCAUACCCUGGCUGGAGGCAGACUGGGGCUGUUUGUCUUCUCUCAGGAACACGUCCUUUUCUCAGAUCUCAAAUAUGAGUGCAGAGAUAACUGAAUUAUUUUUGCUGGGAUGUUCAGGAAACUCUACAACAAGCCGUCAGAGAUCAACAUUACUUUCAGAAAAUACAUCAGAGAGAGAGAGAGAAAGAGAGAUGAAGCUGGCCUUUAAACUGCCAAGACUAUCAAUUAGUGACCAUCAUCUAUCUAUCAGCUUUUUAUGCAACAGUAUUGAUUUCAGGCUGCUUUCAUUCGCUGUACACUACUGACAGCAUCUCUAAUGACAGUAACUUCUUGUUCCUUUUCAUUUGCUUCUCACUAUGGUUGUAAAUAAUUAUUUAUUGCCAGAUACCAGAAAUGGAAGGGAGAGAUGAAUUGAUGAUGGCGUAAGUAGAGCACUGUGCAGAUGUCUGGUAACUUAUCAAUAAAAUACUUUUUUUUUUUCAAUGUUUUUUUUUCCUUUUCUGACGACGCCAGCUCAUUAGCCUACACAUGCGGUUGUGGAAACAUGGUCUCUAACACCCUCUAGUGGUGAAAGUAAUACUUACAAAUACUGAGUGGGAGGGAUGAAACUGGGCUGACAGGUUAAUUGAGGUUGACAAAGCAAAUAAGAAUUUGAUUGAUUAUUCUUAAACAGUGACACUAGAUGAAUUAUGAAAUAUCUGACAUGUGUUAAUAUAUAUGAAAAUACUCAUAUUUGAUUAAUGAUUUGGGUCUCAUAGCCUUUUUAUUUUCUUUCA